AACCUUACAAUUAUACGAAACAAAGCCUCCAAAAAAUAUCUCAGUUUAUUUCAAAAAUUAGAAGUCUGAUGGUCAAGCUUCUAGAACAACUUCCAUCUUUACAAAAAAACUUCAGCAUCUUCACUCUUUCCUCUUGAAUCUUCAUACCUGAAUGAGAAAAAACACUUUUGUAAAUGAAACCAUAGAGCAUGUUUAAUAAAUUGCUCCAAAAUAUUUAAUUUUCAAAGCAUGUUUGAAUGUGCUCCUUCAGCUUUUGAAGUGACACGAUUCCCAAGGUGCAUAUGCAGAUCUGUCCAAGCUCUCACAAAAAGUUCCUUGAAAGGAAACCAGGUUUUUUUUUAAAUGUAUUCAACAACUGGCUUUUCUCCAUAUUGAACUUCAAAGAUUUGAGAGUUCUCUUUAAACUCUGACUCUGUUGUAGAAUCUAUAAUAGAAGACCAACAUGCCAUGAAAGAAUCCCAAUCACUCCCACUCUCAAAAUAAGACUUACACUUGGCCAAUAUAUUUUUCUCAAUAUGCCACACACAAAGGAGAUUUUUACUUGAUGGAAAUACAUUAGGGAUUGCAUUCAUGAGUGCUAAUUCUCUAUCUGUUACAAUAACAGAAGGAUGACAAUUAACACCCAAGAUGUCGCGAAACAUAUUCAAUGCCCAAACAUAGUCUUCUUUUUCUUCCUUCCUUAGAAAAGCAAAACACGAGUAAAAAGUUGUGUUGAAAGAAGACACCCCAAUAAUAUCCAACAACGGCAUCUUGUACCUAUUGGUCUUGUAAGUACAAUCCAUGACAAAGACGGUUGAAGGUUCGUGAUUAUGGACCGCAUUAAUAACCAUAAGUGACCAGGAUCCAUCACUUUUUCUUCUACCAUGAACUUCAAAGGGACAAUUUAUCAGACGAGAAGCAGUUUUUCUUUUUCGAGACCCUUCUGGUAUGUUAUAUCUAUUUCGAUAUAUUCCACCCCUAUCGCACCCAAUAUCGACACUUUUAUCUUUUUUUGACCGUCGUAUUGAUAUAACAUAACUAUGCUGAAUCAUAUGACUUCUAAUACAUUCAACAAGUUCAUCCCGACUUUGAAAUUUGCCUUUUAUAAUUUUACUCCAAUCGAUCGAAAAAAAAGGGCAUCUCUUGUUCUACUGUGUUUGAUACUUGAGUUUCCAAAUCAAUAAGUCUAUCCACAUCAUACAUAUAUGAGUUCUCAUCAAACUCUUCCAUUAAAAACACUCCGUAAAUUAUCCUGACACCAUAAAAAAUUACAAAUCUCAUCACAACACAAUUAGUUUAAUUAGAUAUCAUUUUGUUCAAUACCGUUCCCUUAAUAAAUGUAUUGAACAACUUGCACAAUAUAUUAUCUUCCAAAAAAUAUCAUAUUUAUUCAAUCCCUCUUUUCACGCAUAAAAAAAUGUCAUAUUUUAAUUAAAAACCUAACUUUAAUUAUAUCUAAUGUUUUUAAGUAUCUCAAAUAAGUUAAAUACCUUAAAAUUUAGUUUCACAUCCAAUAUACAAAUUAAUGAAUAAAAUAUCACGAGGAAUAAAAAAAUUUAGCAUCCACCUUGAUUGAAAUUUAAAUUGCUUACCUGGAAAUCAGAAUUGAUGUUCGAAUUCAACGGAAGAAGAGACUCGGCGUAAGUAAGAGUGAUUGAAGCAUGAAGAACAUAAAGAGGGGAAAUUCGUUUUUGAAGGAGACUAGGGAGAACAAGUAAUCGCUGUAUUUUUUUUUUUGGGAGGGGGGAUUUUUUCAAGCUAUUGAUUUAGAUAUAGGAUAAUAGGAAAAAGCUAUGUGUACACCACCCCUAUACACCAUCUCUCUGGCGAAGCAGGAAGCGGACAACUACCGGAAGACCAGCUCUUCUCCCAGAAUUCCUCCUUCGUCUUCCUCGUUCUUCUGCAGUGACAUCGCCUACUUCCCCUUCCUCCGUGUCCGAUGCAUCGGUGGAAGAUCCAACUUGGCGGAGACUUCAUCCUUCGUCUUCUUCGAGAUCUUCUGCACACCCUGAUCACCGUACAACAACAAAUUAAAGGUACUUGAAAGAUAUGUCAACUCAAUGAUAGUGAAUGUCUGUGAGUUUUAGAUUCAGACUCGUGUUCCCUUGUGGUUGCUUUUGGCGUGGAAGAUUGAACGUUGGAAGAUUGGAGAUAGUUGCUUUCGGAUUUCCAUUAUGUUAAGAACCCAUUUUGGGUUUUGGCGUAGGUGAUUGGCCUUGGUAUUUAAUUAAGUUUUUAAAAAAUAUAAAAUUAAGAACAUACUAUAAUGGUGGAAGAUUUUGUAUGCUAUAUUUGCAAUGUCAAUUGUACAAUUGUUUUCCUUUUGUUGGAAUUUGUUUUCACUGGUAGCUUGUAGAGGGUUAGGUAUUUGUAUUUUUUGAGGGGCUUUGGUUUAGUUCACUCAUCUCCUCUUGUAUUCUUUGUUGCAUUAAUCUCUUUGAAUACAACACUCACAGACAAUUAGUGUUUAUGGUUUAGCAUUCACAAAUAGUAAAUGUCUAUGAAUUCC